AUCUCUCUGUUCCUCUGAAAUCUGUGUUCCUCUGUGAUUUCACUGUUUCUCUGUGAUCUGUUUCUGGGUGAUCUCUCCGUUUCUCUGUUGGUGAUCUCUCUGUUCCUCUGUAAUCUCAUAAAUGUACAUAAAUGUCCAGUAUACACACUGCUCUAAACUCAUAAUGGUAUAAUUGUCCAGUAUAUACAGUGCCCUAAACUCAUAAUGGUAUAUAAAUGUCCAGUAUAAACACUGCCCUAAACUCAUAGCGGUAUAUAAAUAUCCAGUAUAAACACUGCCCUAAAUUCAUAAUGGUAUAUAAAUGUCCAGUAUAAGCACUGCUCUAAGCUCAUGGUGGUAUAUAAAUGUCCAGUAUAAACACUGCUCUAAACUCAUAAUGGUAUAUAAAUGUCCAGUAUAAACACUGUCCUAAAUUCAUAAUGCAAUAUAAAUGUCCAGUAGUCACACUGCGCUAAACUCAUGGUAGUAUAUAAAUGUCCAAUGUAAACACUCCUAAAUUCAUAAUGGUAUAUAAAUGUCCAGUAUAAACACUGCUCAAAACUCAUGUUAUAUAAAUGUCUAGUAUAAACACUCCCCUAAAUUCAUAAUGGUAUAUAAAUGUCCAGUGUAAACACUGCUGUAAACUCAUAUUGGUAUAUAAAUGUCCAGUAUAAACACUGCUCUAAGCUCAUGGUGGUAUAAAUGUGCAGUAUAAGCACUGCUCUAAACUCAUAAUGGUACAUAAAUGUCCAGUAUAAACACUGCUCUAAACUCAGAAUGGUAUAUAAAUGUUCAGUAUCAACACUGCUCUAAGCUCAUGGUGGUAUAAAUGUCCAGUAUAAACACUGCCCUAAACUCAUAAUGGUAUAUAAAUGUUUCUCCAGGGAGCCUUAUGUGUUUUAUUGGACUUUAACCGGUGUGGCACUGAUAAUAUUUCCAUUUUUAUUUCUGCUUACUUGUCUUUCCUCUCACAGGUUUAUCGUGGCAUUUCACUACCACGUGUCCCCAGCAACAACAGUGAUGACAAUAAAAAUGAUCGCGUUAACAAAAAAGCUGGUGUAAUAGGAGAAUGUCCCGGCCAGAAAUUCCAAGUGUCCCGCCUCCUGUUCCACCUAAACUCUGCCCUUGGCCCCGCCUCUGAUGUGCUGUUAGAACCUUACCUUCUCUGCUGGGAAGAGCUUAUUAGAUUUAUGGAUGCUCUGGGUCCUCUGGUGGGUUUUUUCACAAGCAAAGUUCAGGAGAAGAUCACUCUAAUCCGCCAGCUUUCUGAGGAUGCUGAGAAAAUUUGCACCAAUACCCUUUGUAAUGUUUCCGAGAAUCCUCUACAAGCUACCCAAAAUCCUCAGCACGAUGCCUACUUCUCUGUGCGUUCCAUGUUGGAGGCGGAGCUGCAGAGAGGACUGGUCAACUUUAACAGGCAGACAGCAUCUGGCAGUCGAACCUUGCUCCGCCUCCAUCGGUCAUUGCUAUGGUUACAGCUGCUGCUAGAGAAGCUGGGGGCGGGUCAGGACGGGCGGAGUCUAGGUGAGCUGUGUGGUGAGGCGUACAGCGAGUCGCUGGCCCCGUACCACCCCUGGCUGCUGCAGCAGGCUGCCCAGUUGGUGUUCCAGGCCAUGCCUGAGCAUGAUGCCCUGCUGCAGAUGGUCUGUGUGCGCAUGCAUGAGGAAGCGCAGCCCAUCAUGCACACCAUCGUCGCGGCUAUCAGAGAGGUUCGCCUCAGGACACACACAGAGCUGGAACAGAGGAACAUGCUGGACCUUCCAUAAUCUCGCACACACGCACACACACACACACAAAUACACACAUACACACA